GCAACAUCGACUCAUCACAGCGCAUCACUGCUAUGAGCUUCAAGUCCCCGCUCCCCAUAGGAAGUACCUUUAAUAUGCGCGAUGGGCUGUUUGAGUCCCAUCGAUCCUGUUCAAGCGCAUCACUCCAGCGCUGAUUACUGUCCCCGCAUUGCGUACAUACUUGACGGCCGCUAGGAACCAUGGCCGGCACGCGAGGCCGCCUGCGCAAGACAAACGACGCGCCAGCUCCGCGGCGGUCGCUGCGCAGGCAAAACACGCAGCAGGAGGAGAAAGAUGGCCUGCCUGAAGCUGUGCGCGAGAUGCUGCACGAGGAGCGCGUUGCCAAAAGAGCGGCAGAGGAGCAAGACAAGAAACCUCUGAAGAAACGCAAGACAGCGCAUUCGCAGAGGAGCUCGAGUCCAGCCCAUGCGGUGGUGCCAGUGGUCAAGCAUGAGUCCGCGACUGUGCGCCCACCAAAGCCUGCACCGCCGGCAUUACCGCCCGCCCUUCUCCCAUACGAACCACCUCCACCUAUUGUGCCGUCACAUCAGCCGGCGCGCGCGCGACAGACAAUCGAAGACUCAGACGAGUCUGACGAUGACAGCGACAUGGAGUGGGAAGAUGCGCUGGGCGACGGCGGAGAUAGUGAAGAGGACGAGCCGAAACCCGCGCCUCAGAUUGGCGACGUCUCUAUCACAAUAGGCGGCAAUAAGAGUGAAGAAGUGUCGACGAAGAAGAAAGUGCGGCGGCGGGCGAUCACUUCAGUGGACAGAAAAAGACGGCUGGACAUACACAAGAUGCAUGUCUUGUGCCUGCUAUACCACGUCCACCGUCGGAAUGCAUGGUGCAAUGAUGCGAGGGUACAGUCUGCCUUGCGCAGACUGGUGGAGCCUAAGAUAUUGACGAGCCUCGUGCCAAACCCAGACCUCACACAGUACUCGGCAUCUAAACGUUUCGUAGAUGCCCUCAACGAUCUCAAGAUCAUGUGGUCGAAGAGGUUCAAGGCUACUGCGCAGGGCAUGUCGAAGCCGAAGUGGGCAGAGCCAGGGGCAGAGGUGCGGCCAUUCUCCGAUUUCGAUGAACUCGACAAUGCCAUGGACAAAGACGACUUUCGUGCAGCUGCACGCACACUGCAGGGCUCGUGUGAUGUCGGCGGACAGCUGUUUUGUGCUCUGCUGCGUAGUAUUGGUAUUGAAGCCCGUCUUGUCUGCUCGCUACAGGAGCUGCCAUUUGCAUCUGCAGCGCAACCAUCCACCCCCCAAAAGCCGAGUCAACCUGCGAGAACGAUCACUAUAGACCCGUACAACAAAAGCCCUGCGAAGAGCCCAGCGUCCGGGCGGAACAAGAAGCUCUCGCGGAUGGAGAAGAUCAUGGGCGAGCGUCAUCCGGUGUUGAACAAAGCAGGCACCGCACCAAAAAGGCUGAAGGCGUUCCACAUGCCGUAUCCAGUGUAUUGGGUGGAAGCAUUCAACUCCGCGCACCAAAAGUGGGUACCUAUAGAUCCACUGUCAACAUUCACCAUCAAUGCUCCUGAGAAGCUUGAACCGCCGUUCAGCUACACGCAGAACAGCCUCACCUACGCUAUAGCGUUCGAAGACGACUACACAGCUCAUGAUGUCACGCGCCGCUACGCCAAAGCUUACAAUGCAAAGACACGCAAAUUCCGCGUUGAAUCCACCGCCCGAGGCCCACAGUGGUGGACGCGCGCCACAUCCUACUUCGCGCGCCCAACACCGCUCCCGCGCGACGCCGCUGAGGAAGCCAUCCUCGCGCGCAAGGUCGCUGCAGAGGGCAUCCCCAAGAACGUCCAGGACUUCAAAAACCACCCCGUGUACGUCCUCGAGCGCCACCUCAAACACAACGAGGUCAUCCACCCGCGCGACGUCGUCGGCAAGGUCAACGUCGGCAGCGCCAUGAACCCGCGCAUGGAGCCCAUCCACAGACGGACGAACGUGCACACCGUGCGCUCGGGGGAUAAAUGGUACCGCAUGGGCCGCGACGUGCGCGCGGGCGCGCAGCCGCUCAAGCACGCGAAGCCCAAGAAAGGCCGGCUGCCGUCGCUGGGCCCCGACGAGCGCCCCGACGACCAGCCCGACGACGCCGGCGCCGCGCUGUACGCCGAGUUCCAGACACAGCUGUACGUGCCGCCGCCCGUCGUGCGCGGCCGCGUGCCCCGCAACGCCUACGGCAACCUCGAUCUCUACGUCCCGUCCAUGUGCCCGCCCGGCGGCGUGCACAUCCGGCACAAGCUCGCGGCCAAGGCGGCGCGGCUGCUGCACGUCGACAGCGCGGACGCGGUGACGGGGUUUAAUUUCAAGGGCCGCCACGGCACGGCGGUGAUCCAGGGCGUUGUCGUGGCGGCCGAGUACGGCGCCGCCGUGCAAGCGACAAUCGAAGGCAUGGAGUACCAGCAGGAGCAGGCCGAGAUCGACGCGCGCCGUGCCGAGGCGCUGCGGCUGUGGCGCCGGUUCUGGCUGGGUCUGCGGAUUGCGCAGCGCGUCAAUGCGAUUGAGAUUGAUGGGCAGCGCGGCGCGGUGGUGGACGUGCAGGCGUCGAUUGACUACGCGGAGCAGCGGCGGCAGACGGAGGACAUGGCGGGCGGGUUUCUGCCUGAGGACGCAGCGGCUGUCGAGCCGUCGCGGCCGGUGCGGUCUGAUAUCGACUUUGGCGGGGGCUUUGUGCCCGACGACGACGGCGGCGGCGAUGACGACGGCGGUGGCGAUGGUGACGGCGACGGAGGCUUCGUCCCCAACGAUGAAGACGAAGACGAAGACGAAGACGACGACACUGGAGACGCAAACAGCCCCACCCACGCAACCCUAACGCGGCACCCCUCCUUCGGCAGCGCGAUCCUAGAAGCGCACUCGCUGCGCCCACGGCGCACCGUGUCGUCUGGCACGCCGUCGCAUAGCAGCGACGAUGCAGGGGAUGCAGGGAAUGCGGAUUCCUCGGAUGAGGAGAGCGAGUGGGAAGAUCCUGCGGCGUUUGCGGCGCUGGAGGAUCAGGCGGAGAAGCAGACGGAGAAGCAGACGGAGACGGACGGGGAGGAGAAGCGGCUUGAGGAGGUGGGUGGAGAUGCGGAUGCGGAGGGAGGUUUUGUCAGGGAAGUAUCUGCAGAGGCGCCAGACGCAGACGCACAUGCACACGCACACGCACAGUCUGGACCCAGUGCUGCGGCCCCCGAGGAAUCUCCACCGCUGUCGUCGCCGUCGGACGCAGGCUCGCUGCCGCUGGAGGACCCGGAGGACGAGGACGCGGAGCCGGACUGGCUUUGAGACGGUGUCUUUGAUGUGGUAGAGGGCGGGGUGACAGAUCUGAUACUUGGAUAUGUUGCUAUGUGGAGCAGUUAGUACACGCAUACAUCACACCGCAACACUUCUGGUCGUCAA